GUCUGUCUACUGCGUUGCAUCGGAACUCUUGGUUGUGCCCGUUGUGCCGGUGUUACUUCGUCAGGUUUUGUGUGUGAGUGUGGCCGGUUGUGUGAGUUUCUGUUCCACAACAAAAUGCUGUAUUUCCUAAGUCUGUGUGCCUUUAUGGCAUACUCUGUAGUAAAUGCAGAAGUUUAUUUUGAAGAGAAAUUCCUGGACGAUUCCUGGGAGAAUAAUUGGGUGUAUUCUGAGCAUCCAGGGAAGGAAUUUGGCAAAUUCGUUCGGUCUAAUGGAAAAUUCUUUAACGAUGCUGAAAACGACAAAGGUAUACAGACAUCACAAGAUGCUAGAUUUUAUGCAUUGUCCACCAAAUUCAAACCAUUUAGCAAUAAGGAUAAACCUUUAGUUAUUCAGUUCUCAGUGAAACAUGAACAGAAUAUUGAUUGUGGAGGUGGAUAUGCAAAAAUCUUUGACUGCAAGUUGGAUCCAAAAGACAUGCAUGGAGAAACGCCAUAUGAAAUUAUGUUUGGGCCCGACAUUUGUGGGCCAGGAACAAAGAAAGUUCAUGUCAUAUUUAGUUACAAGGGCAAGAAUCUCCUUAUUAACAAGGAUAUUCGCUGCAAGGAUGAUGUUUAUACACAUCUGUAUACGCUGAUUGUUAAGCCAGACAAUACGUAUGAGGUUCUGAUUGACAACGAGAAGGUAGAAUCCGGGGAUUUGGAAGCUGACUGGAACUUUCUUCCCUCCAAGAAAAUAAAAGAUCCUGAAGCUAAGAAACCCAGUGACUGGGAUGACAAGGCGACUAUUGAUGAUCCAGAUGACAAGAAGCCAGAAGACUGGGAUAAGCCAGAGCAUAUUCCCGAUCCUGAUGCCAGUAAGCCUGAGGACUGGGAUGAUGAAAUGGAUGGUGAAUGGGAGCCGCCUAUGAUCGAUAACCCAGAAUACAAGGGAGAAUGGAAACCAAAACAGAUUGACAACCCCAAUUACAAGGGUCCAUGGAUCCAUCCUGAAAUUGACAAUCCAGAAUACUCACCAGAUCCUCAGUUGUAUAAGCGGGAUGAAAUCUGUGGUAUUGGCUUUGAUUUGUGGCAGGUGAAAUCAGGAACAAUCUUUGAUAAUGUGCUUAUAACAGAUGACCCUGAAUAUGCCAAGAAAGUUGGAGAGGAUGUCUGGAAGCCUACCUUUGAGGGGGAGAAGAAGGUGAAAGAAGCUCAGGAUGAGGAGGAAAGGAAGAAGCGUGAGGAAGAAGCGAAAUCAAUUAAAGAAAAUGAAGAAGAAGAUGAUGAAGACGACGACGAUGAUGACGAUGAUGAUUCAACAGAUGCAGGGGAUGUAGAACCUGGAGAGGAACAUGAUGACCACGAUGAAUUGUAAAGCAAUUUAAAAAAAUGUACAGAGACUAUAAAAGAUUUUUAACCAGCGGCUUUCAUUUGUGACGAUGAAAAUGUCGUAAUCCUGACUGAUGAGUUUUUUAAGCGAAACUGAGAUUGUGCAGUAUAUGUGUAAUGUAACUUGACUGAUUGCAAAUACUGAGUAUUCCAAGUCUUUGGAGCGUAAGAAAACAUUAAUUACUCUGUAUAAAAUAGUGAGAAUCAAAUAUGCAAAUUUUAGAGUUUACCUGUGCAAGUCUUCUGUGGUUGGUACUUUGUAGUGGGUAAUGUGCAUUUUCAUAAACUUUUAAUUUUGAAGAUAAUAGAAGAACUGUGCGCAACAUUUGAUCACCUACAAAAUAAUUGAAUACCAAGUCACAUGAAAGUUUUUGUUAAUUCACAAUUUACCUUUGCUUCACUUGUUAAAUUUUUCAUUGGCUUGUGCACAGAGGUGUAUAAUCAUUUGGCACAAAGUGUUUGUGCAUUUAUUUUUUCCUAUUGCUUCUUUGUACAGAUGUGAAGCUGGAAAGUAACAUGUGAAUUUCAGCAAUAUGAAAAUGGUUGAACUUUAAUUUACUUAAAUACAUUUUCUAUCUUAUUAACUUCCUAGCGUUUUUAGUUAAGAAGUGUGUUGUAAUAAAUCUUGGAGAACUUUGCUCUAUACAUGUUUUGCAGUGUUAUGAAAAUCCAUAUAACUGUGAACUCUUUUUCAGUGUUUCAGAAUCUUUUAUCUUCUUAUCCAUACGUUUUGAUAUAAUAAUUCUGAAAUUGUUAAUUUUGCAGUUCCAUUUAGGUGAAUUUCCCAUCAUAUGGGAAGUUUGUGAUGUUUGUAUUUUGUAGCUGUUCUUAAACAAAUUUCGAUUAUUGCCCACAUAAUGUACAGUGAGAUUAAUUUGUCAAUAUGAAGUCAGCCACACAGAUCUUCCACUGCUUAAGUGUGGUAAACUUUGAUAUGGUACAAUUUAUGUAACCUUUCCUAAAAUGAAUAUUGACAGACUUGACACAAAAACACUUUUUUUUAACUUACUCUGUAAUAUGCAGUACAGAUAAAGAACAUAGGCUGAGCUUCUAAA